AUGGAAAUUGAAUAAGUAAAAUUAAUUGAAGAUGUUUGCGAUAAUGAUUUUAGCGAACUUUUAUAUUAGAAUUUACAAUAAUUUUACUCAAAUAAAUUUAACUAAGAUCUUAAAAAUUUUGAAACGUAUAUAUAAAUAAAUAUUUUUAUUUUUUAAAUAAAUUAAACUAAUAAAAGGAAUGAUAAAUUAUUAGAUUAAAUGGAGAAUUAAUGGAUUAAAAUUAAAAACUCUUUAUUUAUAUUAAGCGAAAUAUUUAAGUAAUUCGAAUGUUAAUAUUUAUAUAAAUCAAAAAAUCCAUAAUUUGAGUUAAUUUUACUAUAAUCAUUAUAAUUUUAAUUAAAUAAUAAUUUUGUAAAUUUAAAACAUAUUUUAAUAUAAAAAAUGCUUGAAUAUAUGUUUCUUUUAAGAGAAAAUAAAUAAAUAAAUGAAUAGUAACUAUUCAAUUUAAUGAAUAUGAUAAUAAAAGUAAAUAUAUAUAAUUAAGAUUUCAAAGAUGUUUUUUUAUAAUAAUCUAAUGAAUAUUAUUAAAAUUUAUCUAAAUAACAAGAAACUAAUUUUAAUUUACCUAAAUAUUUAUGUGAAAUUGAAUAUAGACUUAAAUUAGAAAAUAAUCUAAUAGAAAAAUAUUUAUCUAAAUCGACUUCUAAAUAGCUUAUUGAAAUUACUGAAAAAAAUCUUAUAACUAAUAAUCUUUAAUUGAUUUUUGAAAAUGGUUUUAAUAAUAUUAUUUAAGAUAAAGAUUAUGAAAGCUUAAGUAGAUUAUUUAUUUUUAUAAAUAGAAUUGAUAAAGUCGAUUUCUUAAAAAAAAGCUGGAAUUCUUAUAUUAAAAAUUAAGGAAUAAUAAUUAUAAAUAAUGAAAAUUAAGUUGAAAUUGUAGUUUAGUUAAUUAAUUUAUCUUAAUAUCUCGAUACUAUUGUUUCUAAAUGUUUUGACAAUAGGGAAGUUUUAAGAACAUCUAAGAUAUAUGCUUUAGAAUAUAUUCUUUCUUUAAAAACGAACACACUUGCUGAACUUACAUCUAAAUACAUUGAUAGUAAAUUAAAAAAAGAUAAUAAAACAAUUUAAAAUUAUGAUUAAAUUGAAAAAGAAGUAAAUGACGUAUUUGAACUUUUUAGAUAUUUACCCGCUAAAGAUGUUUUUGAAGCUUUUUAUAAUAAAAGAUUAGCAAGAAGAUUAUUAUAAAAUUAAUCAUAUUCUAAUGAUUUAGAAAAGCAUGUAAUAGAAAGAUUAAAAUAAGAAUGUGGUGAAUAAUAUACUAUAAAAGCGGAAGAAAUAUUAAAAGAUGUAAACAAUUCUAAAAGCUUAAAUAAAGAAUUCUAAGAUUUUCUUUAAACAAAAUAUACAGAAUUAAAUUAAAAAAUUGGCUUUUAAAUAUCAGUAUUAUCUUCGGCUUCUUGGCCUAUUAAAAAUACACCUCUUCCUUAAUUACCUUAACCAUUUUCUUAUUUCUAAAAUGAAUUUAAAAUAUUCUAUUUACUUAAACAUAAAGGUGUUUUCCUAAAUUGGUAGCAUGAAACUAGUAAUUGUGAAAUUAGUGGUAUCUAUGGUUAAAUGAAAUAUACUUUCUAAGUACAUGUUAUGUAAGCUUUGAUUUUAUUAAGUUUUAAUGAAAAUUCACAUUUAACUUUAGCAAAUAUAUUAGCUCUAAUUCCUAUUAAUAAAGAUGAACUUAAAAAAACGUUGGUUUCAUUGUAUAAUUUGAAACAUACUUAAAAAUUACUAAAUAAAACUGGAGAGCCAAAUUAAAUUGAAGAUAAUGAUGUUUUUGAAAUCAAUGAGUCUUACAAAAAUAAAAAGAAAGUGGUAAAAGUCUGUGCAAUAUUUUAAAAAGAAACGUCAGAAGAUUCUAAAGAAACUACUGAAAAAGUCAUUACAGAAAGGGGUUAUAUUUUAGAUGCUAGUAUUGUAAAAAUCUUAAAAAAUAAAAAAUCUAUACUACAUAAUGAAUUAAUGAAAGAAUUAUUUGAAGAUAUUAUGCUUCCUAUUAAUGCUAAUGAGGUUAAAAAAAGAAUAGAAGGUUUAAUUGAAAGAGAAUAUAUCAAAAGAGAUUAAAAUAACCAUUAAAUCCAAAUGAACUUAACACAAUAAAAGCAUAAAAUACUCGAAUUUUACAGAGACAAAACAAUUUUUAUAACUGGUGUUACCGGCUUUCUUGGAAAAGUAAUAUUUGAGAAAAUUAUGCGGGCAUUACCUUAAGUAAAACAAGUAAUAGUAUUAAUAAGAAACUAAAAAAACAUCACUGUAUAAGAAAGAUUUAAAAAAGAAAUCAUCGACAGUGAAAUAUUUUCCCUUUUAAGAAAACAAAAAGGCUCUUAAUUUUAUAACCACAUAAACGAGAAGACAUAAGUAGUUUAAGGAGAUCUAUUUUAAGAUAACAUCGGUCUUUCAUAAAACGAUUAUAAUUAUAUAAUAAAUAAGGUCAAUAUAAUAAUAAAUUGUGCCUCCUCUAUAGAUUUCAACGCCAAAUUAAUAGAUGCAAUAAACAUCAAUAUAUAAGGCACUUUAAGGAUUUUCGAAUUAGCGAAAAAAUGCAAUAAUUUAUGUAAUUUUGUCCAUAUUUCUACCUGCUAUGUAAAUAGUGAUAAAGAAGGCUAUAUUGAAGAAAAAAUAUACAAAUGCUCAUAAUAAGAAAAUCCUAUUGAAUUUUUGAAUUAAUUAACUAAUAUGCCUCCUUUAGAACUUGAAUUUUAAACUAAAAGUAUAUUAGGGUCUUAUCCGAAUACUUAUGUAUUCACAAAAUCUUUAACUGAGAGAAUUCUUUAGUUUAAUAAACCAGAUAAUAUGUCUUUAACUAUUAUUAGACCUGCUAUUAUAGGAGCUGCAGUUGAACAGCCUGUAAAAGGAUGGGUAUAAGGCGUAACGACGGCUUCUGCAGUGUUUCUUUUGUGUGGAAUUGGAAUUAUUAAGCAUUUAAAUGCUAAUCCAGAUAAUAUUGCAGAUGUAAUUCCAGUAGAUUGUGUUUCUGAUACUAUUAUUGUUAGUGGGGCUUUAUGCGCAGGUUCUUAAAAUUUGAGAAUUUUUAAUAACGGGAUUUCGUAUAAAAAUCCGAUUAAUUGGGAACUUACAAGGUAGUAAUGUACUAUUUAUUGGUAGAAUAAUCCUUAUGCAAAGUAAAUAAGCCCUGUUAAUGUAAAACUUAUUAAAAAUGAGAGAAUUUUAAGUGCUUUGUAAGUCAAGAGGAGGAUUCAUGCUUAUGGAUUUAAAUAAAUCGCGAAUAUUUUCGGAAACGAUUAGAUGAAAAAAAAUGCGGAAAGAUUCCUAAAAAUGGUGCAUAAAGCAUAAAACUUUAGCGAUAUUUUCAAACCUUUUUUUUUGAGAGAAUUUAUAUUCGAAAGUAAAAAAGUAGACGAACUUUUAGGAUAAAUGAGUGAUUUGGAGAAAAACAUUUUCUAUUUAGAUAUAUCAAAAAUAGAUAUGGAGUCAUAUUUUACUAUGUUUAAUUGGGGAAUACAUAAGUUUAUUUUAAAUCAAUAGAUUGAAGCUCCCUUUUCUGAUGAAUUUACUGAUGUUCUAUAAGUUCCUUAGUAUUCUAAUAGAGGCAGAAAAUAUAAUAAAAGAAAUGAUUUCCAAUUUCAAAAUGCCGUAUAUAAGGGCUAUGGCAUGGUUUUUAUAGAAAACAUUCAGUAAUAUAUAUGA